UUCCUCGUGUUGCUAUCAAUUGAUCAAGUGAGCUUGCUUUUGUUUUGCGUUGUAGUUUAUUACAUAACCAAACAUGGCGUUCUUCAAGCUAUCACGACCAGCUCUCAUUUGCCUGAUCUUAGGCUUAACCCUAGUACUGCUACUCCCCGAUUUCUCCCACGCCCAAGACUCCCCAAAAGACUUCCUCGACGCACACAGUGCCGCCCGUGCAGAGGUGGGCGUUCCACCUCUGACCUGGGACGACCAAGUAGCCUCGUAUGCACAGAAUUAUGCCAAUCAGCGCAUUGGCGAUUGCAAUAUGGUUCACUCCGGCGGGCCGUAUGGUGAAAACAUUGCAUGGAGCAGCGGUGACCUGAUGGGGACAGAUGCGGUGAAGAUGUGGGUGGACGAGAAAUCGAACUAUGACCCUAACUCCAACACGUGUGUUGGUGGGCAGUGUCUGCACUAUACUCAGGUGGUGUGGCGCAACUCGGUUCGUCUCGGAUGUGCUAAGGUUCGGUGCAAUAGUGGAGGUACAUUCAUUGGCUGCAACUACGAUCCCCCGGGCAAUUACAAUGGAGAGCGGCCUUACUAGCUUAAUAAUUAGCGGCCUUACUUGCAUGUUCAACUACGUGAUCGAUCUACUACGUCCGAUCCUAUAAUAUUUAACGAUAAAUAAACUAUAAAAUUAAGAGUGAAAAAGAGUUACAAAAUGAGUGUUAUAUACGAAGUCAUCUAAAUAUAUGCAGUAUGAUCUCUAUCUUUUGUUGCAUGGAAAA